AGGAUUACAUUCCCCUCUCCCAGUCUGGGGCUUUUAAAAAAGAGCCGCUGGUCUCAAUGCCGGACGGGCUAUGACAGCUUCAGUGCUCCUCCAUCCGCGCUGGGCCGAGCCGGUGAUGUUUCUUUACGACAACAGCCUGGAGGAGAUGAACAAGAAUAUGGAUGGGUUCCCAGUGAGCAGCUUCGCAGCCAACCAGUGCAGGAACCUCAUAGGGCACCACGCACCCCUGGCCCCCAGCAGCGCCUACCCCCCCAGCGAGGUGCCCGUGUCUGCCAUAGCCGAGCCUGCCAAGCAGUGCAACCCCUGCUCCGCCGUGCAGAGCACCCCCAAUGCCAGCCUGCCCUAUGGCUACUUCGGGAGCGGAUACUAUCCCUGCAGGAUGAGCCACCAUAACACCAUCAAGUCGUGCUCGCAGCCCUCUUCCUUUGCAGAGAAGUACAUGGACACCUCCGGCUCCGCGGGGGAGGAUUUCCCCUCCAGGCCCAAGGAAUUCGCCUUUUACCAAAGUUACCCCCCUGGACCUUACCAGCCUGUGCCAAGCUACCUGGAUAUGCCCGUCGUUUCCACCAUUGGGACUGCAGGGGAACCCAGGCAUGAGCCUUUGCUGCCUAUGGAUGGCUACCAAGCAUGGCCCAUCACUAAUGGCUGGAAUGGGCAGGUCUAUUGUGCCAAGGAUCAGGCCCAGCCAACCCACCUCUGGAAAUCGUCCCUGCCGGAUGUCGUGCAUCAGUCAGACAGCAGCUCGUACAGAAGGGGCAGGAAGAAGCGGGUCCCUUACACCAAGGUGCAGCUAAAGGAGCUGGAGAGGGAAUAUGCUACCAAUAAAUUCAUCACUAAGGAUAAGAGGAGACGGAUAUCUGCCACCACCAACCUCUCAGAAAGGCAGGUCACUAUCUGGUUCCAGAACAGGAGGGUGAAGGAGAAGAAGGUCAUCAAUAAACUGAAAAGUACGAGUUAAUACUCAGGGUGCAGAGUAUUCCGACCCUUGGAACUGAACCUUCCUUCCCGAGCCCAUACAGGCCGAACCCCAAGCCCCUUCACAUGGUACAAAAACGAUGAUUUGAGGGUACAGGUAAAAUAUAUUUGCUAUGUAAUAUUUGGGGAAGGCCAAGACUCGCAGUGUGAUGGAAGCUAACAAAAAAAUAUUGAAGCGCUUAAUAAUCGGAAUUUAUGUAAAUCCCCCCAAAAACAGACAGUCGCAAAUAGAAUUUCGACGCAAUACAAAAUGAAUAGUGAUUUUUAACUUUAAAGACUUUUGCAUGUAAUCAAGCAGCGAUUAAAUCGAGAGUGUCAGUCUAAUAAUUGCGCGUUGAUCCAGAGUGCAUGCUGAGUAACUGCUCAGGUAAAUUAUACAUAUAACUAUCUACAUUCUACAUACAUUUUGAUAUAAUGUGAGUGUAUUGAUUGUUCAUGUUGUCGUUGUAUUUUUUCCGAAGCUUUGUACAGCUUUUUUCGCGUUUUAAUUUUUUUUUUAUAUAUGUUUGGACUGAUGGACCUUUUAGAUAUUAUGAAGCGAUACGAAACGUAGAAAAUAUUAUUACUUGCUAUUUCAUUGUCAUCCGAAGGCAGACUGGGAAAUUGAUUGAAAAGGACUAAAUAUAAUGGAAUAUGAAUAAUCUGUAAAUAUUUAAAAAGAAUCACCAGUUAUUAAAGGGAAAAAACACCUGCAUCUGAGCAAAUACUUUGAUGAAAAACCGUUAUGUCCGAGUUAAGCCCAAAUUAAUUCUACACGAAGCAAUAUGUAUUUAAGGUUGGGGAUAUGCUGAUAUUAUUAAAAUUUGCAGUAAUCUUGUUCAUUUUUAUUCGGUUGAAUUCGAAAAACAGCCAGUGGUGUCUAGCAUUUUUAAUCAAAAUAGAUAUUUGAACAAAUCAUUAUUUUCCUGGCUUAUUCACUCAAAAAUGGUAUCUUGUAAAUAAUAAAUUAGAGCACCGUGAACGUGUUUUUGUGCACAAUUAAUUCCUAUUUUUACUAAAUGUAGACUGAUGUAUUGCUUAAAGCCGUGUUACAAAAUGUGAAAGGUAAUAGCUGUAUAUGUGAGGUGCGAUGUAUGCUAAACCGCCAAAAGUUUCAUAAGGUACAUUAUACAUAAUAACUACGUUUACGUGUGUUUAGUUAGCAGCUAAUAAGCAUUUGCAGCAAUGUAAGCAAAAUGUGUCAGUACUACUAAUCCCUGCAUGAACUCCGCAGAAAAAAACGCCCACAUGUGCGAUUAGAGGUGGAAAUUGGAAAACCCUAUCAUUAAUUCUUUAUUGUUAGAUCAAGCCUGCCUUUCCAGGAAAGCUGUGGCGAUUGUUGAAAGGACUGGAUUGGAAGGCCUUAAACCUUGACCUUGACGCAAAGACACAAUUUUUGACCUUGACACUGUCAACUCAAGUAUAGGGCAUCAUUUCUAUUAAUGGAGCAAUAUCGCCACCUGGUGCUCAAAAUGGUUUCUGCAGCCCUGCAAGUACACAGUGCUCUUUGGCUGUUGCUUUUGUGUAAACCUGUAACAUAUUCCUUUUCAUCGCCACAGUUAUUGCAAAAUUAUGGAUUUUGUCAUUUGUUUGUAAAUAUCAUUAUUGCAGGACUGGUAAAAUUAUAUGUUUAAACCACUCA